AUGGGUUGGGUACGAAGUGGACUGAUCAUUGCACCACAAAAGCUUUAUGAGGAUGGCAUGAGGAAGUAAUUUAAUACCUCCGCGUCAGUGAUCAUGGCAGAGGAAGGCUUGAUUCCAUCUUGGGACGAUGGAUCGAACAUCAGUGAUGAUGACUUGUUCUCGGAUGGUCCAAGUAGCAACAUUAGGCACCGGCGACAUUUACAGGCAUUUCAAGUCGAUUUCCAUGAUCCAUUACAGGUGCAUCGCCAAAGAAAUGCUCAUGAGAACCGUUUUAGGGGUUCAAGUAUCUUAUCACCGCCCAAUACUAAUACGUCUAGCUGGGAUAGGCAUUUAGAACAAGAACCACCAAGAAGCCAAAACCAAGCAACGCCAGAAGAUGGCGCUUCGGCAUCGGACGCGUGGCUGAAUAUUAGUUCUGAGUUGACAGACUGUCCCAUCUGUCUGGAAACACUGGAACGACCCAAAGCUCUACCUUGUUUGCAUACUUUCUGUUAUGAUUGUCUCGAAUCUUUCAUCAAGGAGAAGGCAGAAAGGCACUUAAUGCUACCAUUCAAGAGUUUCCCAUGCCCUAUCUGUAGACGAGAUACCUCGCCUCUCGAUCCAACAAAACCUUACAAAGACUGGACCCACCAGUUUCCAACAAACAACAUCAUGCUCCAGCUGAUCGAAAUCGGGAAAUCACCACAGAAUCCUAAAGUCAGUGCCAUGGAGUCGCACAAACCAAAAUCAGUACCCCAGAAAAAGAGGAAAACUCCUGAAAACAAAUACUGCGGAAAUUGUCAAAUAUUCAACAGAAAAACCGUAUCUGCAGACUUACGAUGUGAACAGUGUUCAGUAAACCUUUGUGAAGCCUGUGAUAGUGCCCUGCAUCUUAAUGCUCCAGAUCACACGCGCAUUUAUGUUGGCGUCGGACAUUCAGAGAUUCAGGUAGAGUUAUCUCCCGUGACAAAUAUUGAUCCAAGAGAGUUUGACACAUCUCGACUGGAAUGUAGACGACAUGGUGGAAUGUUUGAAUUUUUCUGUAUGCUGCAUAAAUGCCCAGUUUGUGAACACUGUAUGAAAGAAGAACAUUUAACAUGCGAAGGAGUCCACAAGUUUAGGGAGUAUUCACGGAUGCUGCAGACAGGACGUUCUGGAUUGAAAGCCUCUUUAAAAGAUGGUACAUUAGCCAUGGAAACUUUGGUUAGUCUCUUCAAACAACGCGUAAGCGCAAUGUAUGCUGAUCGUGAUUCCAGCUUAGAACAUAUCUGCGAACUUCGAAAUGACAUUAAUCACCAUUUGGACGAAAUGGAAACGAACUUAAAUGAGCAGAUUUCAAAAGUUUCAAAGAAUGAAGAACAUGCUUUAUCUGAAGUCUCGAAACAAUGCGAAAUUGUAAACAACGGAUUAAAUCGGUCUUUAGUUCGAUUAAAUGCCGCGAUACAGGAUGGUGAUGAUAAGAGAAUCAUGUCCGCUGCAUUGUUUUGUCACUUCCAAAUAAAACAAUGCGCUGAUGUUGUGAAGGAAAUUUCUGGAUUCCAUAGUGUGCCUCGUCUCUCAGUCCAAAUGAAUCCACUUUUAACAGCCAUGUUCGAUAUAGACAGUUUCGGAGAGACAGAUUUCGUACGGGAGAAAACCGACCUUCCAUCCUCUGUCCGAAAAUUGUUGCCUUUGAAUUCAAGAAGUGCGCGUGAGAUUUUACGAUUUAAUGUACGUACACAUGAAGAUCAAUUUACUUGUGGAAUAACCAGUGCUUUAUAUCUGCCAAAUAACCAGGUAAUUUUGGUGGAUUUCCCAAACAAAGCGGUAAAGCUGUUUUCGGAUUAUGGUCAUCUUGUCCAUCAGAUCAGACUGCAAGAUGGCCCAUGGGACAUCUGUAGCAUAGAUGGUGACACUUUCGCAAUCACUUUGCCCUUUAAGCAAAUGAUAGCAUUCAUCGAACGAGACCCUAGGACGUCAGCCUUAUUCCGAAACGACAACAAAAGCAUCAAAUUAAAAAUGUGUUGUUACGGUAUUACGUCAUUCCGAGGCGGGAUCGUGAUCAGCUGCCCGACAGAGCGAAAGGUCACGCUGUUCAAGGUUUUGAGAGUGGGCAAACACUCUCAUCAGCUAGAGCGGUUUUGUAAGUUGCCGAUUUCUUGUUGGCAACUUGUGGCAAGCAAUGCAAGAAGGGAGGUUAUCAGCACUCAUGACGCAGAAAAUGGAGGUAUAUUGAGAAUUUCUUCUCUUGAUCGAUUUUCGAAAGAAACUCUAGGCCCUCAACUUGCAAAAGGUCUGCGCGGUUGUGGCGUAGAUAAAGAAGGGAAUGUGUACAUAUGCGGCCGAAAGUCGAGCAAUAUAAUACAAGUCAGUUUAUCCACUGGAAGUAGAGUACUGCUUACGUCAGUGCAUGGUUUGAAAGAACCAUCGACGAUUGCUGUGCAGGAGGAUAAAUUCUUACUAGCCGAAGUUGCGAAUAAUCAGGUCGCUAUUUAUGAGAUGUUCUAAAAAUGCCCUCCAUGAUGCUCAGUCAUUCAGUUUAAUGUAACAAGAGAUCAGAGACCAGAUACACCCGAUGUUAGGAAGACUAAAACUAACUUGUCUUUUAUUUGAAACGCUUACAGCCAGUCCACUUAAGUAAUUAAUGCUGCCCGUGUGAGGUCGUAAAAAAAACCUGCCAGAACUAUUUGUUCCAACUGUGUAAAGUGUUCAGACGAUAACAGAUAAACUAUGUUUGAAA